ACCUGUAUAUGGUUACAUACAUAUGCGGUUAACACGCCUUAAACUAUAUUUACAAUAGACAUAAUAUACGGUACAGAAUAGUGUCAGAGUACAAUACGAUACUAUUAUAUUUUUAAUAACAGGAUUACACUGUAUAAUGCACAUAACAUUUUAUCAAAGCGAAAUGCAAAAUUUCCAGCGCUAACGACAUGAUUUCUUUGAAAUCGUCUUCUCACUGGUUUGUGUAAACUGUAGGAUUCUUGGUCAUGCAAGAACUGUCGUAUCCUAUGCAUGCCAAUCUUGAAUUUCCCUUCUCGUUUGACCACAUCAUACAAUUUCUGUGGCCCUGCAAAUGCUGCUGCGUGUUUAGUGUCAUAAUAUAUGUUUUUUUAAAUAUUCCUUCCAAGUAGCCAUGUUUACGGUUCCUGGUUCACAGCAUAAAUAAACAAAUUUAAUCAACUAGAAUCAAUUUAUACAUUUUCUGUUUCCUCUUCGCUGACGUCACUAUCAGAUUCCUCCUCUUCACUAUUUCCAUCGUCUGAAAAUUCCACAAAAAGCCCCCCCCCUUUGGAUCCGCUAGUGAGUUGUGCACCGUCUAAUGAUAAUUCCUGGAUUUUAGGGGGGGGGGGGCGCCGGAUGCCCCCUGGAUCCGCUAGUGACUUUCGUUUCAUGAUAAUCAUUACCCAUUACUCAUUCACUAGACUGGGAAAAUCCGAUGUGAUUUUCAUCGUUUAUUUGGAAGUUAAAUAUUUCCUGGUAGCAACAAUGUCAGAAGUUGCAAGCUCGGAGCAAAGUAGGGACGUUCAGUACGAAUUUGACGUGUUUCUUUGUCACUCUGGGAUAGAUAAAGAUAUUACGAGACAGAUACACAAGUCUCUGACAUCUCAAGGCUUGAAAUGUGCAGCUCAGUUUGACUCAACAACAUUUCCGACAGGGCGUCCUGUCUUGGCAAGCAUCGGUUGGUUGGUGCAGAAUUCAAGAAAGACUAUUGUUGUUUUGACAAGGAAUGCUUUGAAAAGUUCGUGGAUCAGCGUUGAGACGAUUCUUGCGCUGGAAAACUCUCAGGAAAGACGGGAGCAGGAUUUGACACUUCGUCUCCUUCUUAUCGACAUCGAUAAAAGAGACGUGCCAAUGCUCAAAUGCGGCCUUCUUGCCAGUAUUCCACACACAGCAACCAGUUUGAAGAGACAUAAUUGGGAUCGUGACGUGAUAAACAGCUUGCGGACAAGAAUUUCUGUGUCGAAGUUUCUGCCAGUGGGAAGUUUAGCACAUGCAAUGGUGUUUUCACACUUCACUGGUUUAAUGUUCUACAUGAUCAAACGCCUGAAAAGUGAAAUUGAGACAAAAUCUGCAAUAUAUAAAGAAAACAAAGGACUGUUUUCUCUGAAAUACAACAUGUUGCUGCCUUCAUCUUGUAAAACGCUCGGAAAUUUGAAAGGAGUAGACGAGGCAACGGGAAUUACAAUUGAAACGGGAGAGAUUUUGAAUUUUAAAGAAGAACACAUGGGAAAGACGAGAGAUUUCAAUAUUACUAUAUACAAGAUCUUCAAAGGAAAUGAGUAUUACUAUUUCUAUGCAGACAUGCCAAAUAGUUUGAAUUGCAUUCAUCAACUGAAAUCCCUGCAGUUAGCAGAAGGAGUGGACCCCAGACUUCAGAUUGAAAGGUUUCGCUACACCUACGAGAAUCUGGUCAACCACGUUGGUUUUACGGUCCGUGAUCACAGCACCCUCAAGGUUUUGCCAUACGAUGACUGCGCAACUACGCACUUUCAAAUAUUAUUUGAUGCCGUCCGUGAACAGGUUAUGGAUCACAAAGACUCCGACUUGAAGGAAAAUAAGCAAAUGCAAGAAACCAGCCUAAAAGCAACAAGCAGCAGAGGUGAAAAGUCAGCUGAAAACGAGGACGUUCUUGUAUUGUGCACUGAUCAUCACGAUGAUAUAGAAAUCGCAAAUCAAAUUCGUGGAUACUUGGAGAGCCGAAACAUCAGAGUGGAAUUUCAGGCUGCUAAUAAGUCGAACUUGAUAAGCAAAACGUACAAUUGGUACGUGUUUGUGUUUUCCCAGGAUGCAUUACACGACGACCUUCUUACGUUCAAUUGCCUGUCUGCUCUAAACAGCAGCGUUUCUGACAACGUUGUUAAGGUGCUCCCUGUCUUGCAUAAUGUCGACGUGAACAAAGUGCCCAGUUUUAUUCGUUGGGUCACUGUUUUAACAACAUCUGACGACCGUGAAAAAUACUGCAACAACAUUUACCAAACCGUUACAGGUGGUGUAGUUCAAAUGGAGGAGCGGAUGCCGUGUGGUGAUGUGGCAACGGGGCUGUGCUGGGCCUACAUUAUCAACUACCUGAGACAUACACUCUACAACAAGGAUUUUAAAGGCAGAAUCCAGAGGUUUCUUGAAGAGAAAAACAUGAAUUGCGGCUUUUUGACGAAGAUGUACAUCUGGUGGCCAAGGUCGUGUAAAGCUGCUGACUCGGUCGUAGAUGGGGCAAACAUAGGUGCUGGGGAAGGCAGCCAGGCUCCGGUAAAAAAGAUUGAUAGUCUACCGGAAGUGAUUGUGGACCAGGGAGCCCAGCAGAAAAAGCCGUUCAUCUUGAACGUUUUUCAGUACACGCGGCCAGCGGACGGAAAGAUAUUUUGCUUCGUCAGUGAGUACUGCGCAGCAAUGGGAUGCUUGUACCAAAUGGCGAAGAAUUUCGCAUUUGCUGGAAUCUCUACGGAGGAAAUGUACCGACAGGGAAAGGUGUUUGUCGACAAGUUUGUGGAAAUAUCUUCCCGACAAGCUGUGAAGGACCAAUUUGGUGACUUCAAUGAGUGUGCCAAAGUUGUGUAUUACGAUGAUAGUAAAACCAACCUUCUGGCAGCUAUAGAGAAUGAAAUACGCCAAGCAGAAGUGGACGGUUCUGUACUCUACUGACACCACAGCUGAAGAAGACUGCCAGUGUAUAUUACUACGAAAAAAAUGUAACCGAAAAUAAAUGCACAUAUGACUUUAAAUACUCUGGAAACACGCUAAAAAGGAAAGUGUGCAGGUCCCGCAUUGCGACAUCUACUAGGGGUAGUUCAUGUACUGUGACACAAAUUUUAUAAAACAUGUAGCAGAAACCAUUUUACGAUAUAUUUAAUCUUUCAUAUUUACCAUUUUUUAUAAUAAUGCGUUCAGGUACUUACAUACCUAAAGCAAAAACAAAUAAAAAUACAAACAAUGAACAUAAACAUUUCUAUCGAAGCAAUAGUUUAAAAUGCGAACAUUUAAAUUAACAUAAUACAGAAGUUAAUCCAUGCAAUAUUAUAUUAUUCGAGUAGAAUGCGUUACACUUAUGAUUUUUUAUAAGGGAAUAUAUCUUAAACAUUUUGCAAUUUGAUGGAGAUUAUCUCCAUACUUGAUCCACUGUCAAUUUCUUCUAUCAUAUUAUAUAGAAUCAAGUUUUUUAAUCCGACCCUGGUAUUGUACAUGUAGAUUAGCUGCAGAUAACAGUAUGUUUAUUUAUGUUUUAUUGUUGACUUUAUCAUAUCCUUGCUAUUUUGGGAAAAGGACAAUCAAGAGAAUAUAUUAAGAACGAGUUCAUAAGUAUAUAUCAAGCUGGUUAUAGUAUGAUAUAUGAAGUUAAAUUAAAUUGACUUAAGCGCGUGGCGAUGGGUUUUCUUUUAGCAAUUCCCUUGAGGUUAGGUUCUUGAAUUGUUUGCAUAGCAUAUCAUUUUGUUAUUUUUUCUUCUUCUUUUUUAUGUUACAGUAGUAUUUAUAAAAAUUCGGCCAGUGACAAUAACAUUGGCUCAAGUAUAUUCGUCUACAGUCAAUAUAUUUAGGGCACACUAAAAGAAAAUGAUAUUCACUUCUGAAUAAUUAGUGUUAUGUUUUCUUAUAUAAAACCUUAUAGUAGAAUACACCGAUUGAAAUGCCUUUACCAUUAUAAGUUAACCUUUAACAGCAAUUUUUGCCACAAGUUUGUUCUAUUUAUUUUAUACAAGACCUUAAACAUUUAGUAGAAUACACCGAUUGAAAUGCUUUAAGCAUUAUAGCUAACCUUUAACAGCAAUUGUUGCCACAAGUGUGUUCUAUUUUUUUAUCAAACAUUUUUCCCCAGUCUAAAAAUGCAACGAGCAUUUUUUUUUUCCUUUUUCACUAAUGUCUGUGUGCUAGGUGCAUUAAGAAUAAAUAUACAUACUAUCGUUGAUUUACCCUUUUGAAAUCCAAACUGAUUAUCAAUUAUGGUUUUAUUUUCUCUAGCUCAUUUUAAAAGUCUUCUCGAAAAAAGUGUUGAAUAUAUCUUCGGCAGAAUGUUGACUAAUGUUAUACCUCUAUAUUUUUAGCAUCUUUAGGGUAGCCGCUUUUAAAUAUAGGUACAAUAAUUCUUGGAGUUAUUUGUGAAAAAAAAAAACUUAAUCAAUUCGGUAGUGUUAAAAUGGUGGUCUAGAACCUCAUUGUUUAUUGCUCUAUCAAUUUGAACGUUGUUGUUUGUGCUUGUUGUUGUUGUGGAGCCAUACAACGGGUUGAAUUGGUAAAACAAUUUACUAUUCGGGGUUUGGGUUAUUAUGAUUUUUUUCAUAUUGUUUAUUUAUAUAUUUCAAAAAUGUUUUUCGGUGUGCUAUAGAUGAGUUACUAAUUUUAACCCCUUCAUUUCUUUAUUUGUUGCCUUGUAUUUUAUCUUAUUAUAUAUCGUUUUAUGUCUUGUGUAUAAGUCCCUAUUGCCAUGAUUUUAUUGCGUAAAUAUUUUUUCUAUGAUUCUUUUAUAACUUUCUAGCAUUUUACCAUGGAAUCCUUUUCUUUUUGUCGUGAUGUUUUGUUGUGUUUGUUCUCAUUUUUUCAUAUACUUUUAAGCCACAUGUUGACAUUAUAUUAGCAAACUCAUUUAUAAUUUGGUCAAAUGGUAGUGUAUCAAUAUAUACGGGGUAUUUCAUUGAGAUUAUUUGCGUGAUGGAUUAUUUCUUUUUUUAAAUGUUUCUGUAUUUUUUUUAUCAUAUUCAAUAUAUGAUGAUACGUUUGUUAAAGCUGCACUCUCACAGAUUGAAUGUUUUGACAACUUCUUUUAUUUUUUUUGUUUUGGAACGAGCCAAUUUAUGCGAAAAUGCAUUCAAACCAGUGGUAUAAGACUGCCGGCAAAAACAGAUCGCAGAUGUUCAUAUUUAAUUUCAAAAAUUGAUGUUUUAUGCAUUUCUCUUUAACUGUUAGUAACGCUUUUAGCUAUAAAACAUUAAUUUUCGAACGGAAAUAUAAAAAUCUGCGAUCUGAUCUUUUGUCAGUAGUCUUAUAUCACUGGUUUGCAGAUAUACACACAGAAAAUGGCUCAUUCCAAGACAAAAAAAGAGUUGUCAAAACGGUAAAUCUGUGAGAGUGCAGCUUUAAAGGAAUGGUUUCAUUUUCGAGUUUUUUGCUCGAGUGAACAUUAGUGGUGAAUGAUCAGAGAAUUCCGUUGGUUCGUGUUUUUUUUCAAGUUUUGAAUUAAUUGAAAAUCAUUUAAACAAAGUAUUAGAUAAUCGACGGUACUUUUUCCCUGUAUUCCUACAAAUGUGCAGUUUCUUAUAUUAUUAUCUUUGCAGAGUCUGCCAUUUGCUAUAAUUAGAUUUGUCGAAUUGCAACAGUUUAUCCUUGACCAAUCAAAAUUAUAAGAUUCAUUAACAUCAUCAUCAUCAUCAAAUAUCUUCAAACUUUUUGAUGUUAAAUAGACACAACAUAUAUAAGCACCAUUAUCUCAUUAAAGAUAAUAUGAAUUAUCAUGCAUAUUUUGGAAUAUUUCAUUGAGAUCAUUGCCUUGAUGGGUGUUUUGUUUUUUUAAUGUUUCUGUGAUGUUUUAACAUUUUUAUAUAUGAUUCUUCGUUUGUUAAAGGAAUGGUUUCAUGUUGUGGACGUCGAGCUUUUUUACUGGAGUGAACUUUAUUGGGGAAUGAUCGGAGAAUUCCGUUGAUUCGCUUAUUUUAAGUUGUUGAAUUAAGUUAAAAUCAUUUAAAUGAAGUAUACGAUAAUCGACAGUACUUUCUAUCUGUAUUCCUACAAAUUUGCACUUUACUUUAUUUUUAUCUUUGCAAGGUCUGCCGUUUGCAAUUAGUAGAUUUGUCGACUUGCACAGAGUUACCAUGUUUCCUUGAUUAUCAACUAUUUUAUUAUCAUUAGAUCUUUCAGGUACUAGAUCAGUAUUCAAAAAAUCAUUAUAAUUGGAAUCUAAAAGUCUAUCUUAAGUGAUGUAGUCUUUACAUUCUGAAGACUGAUGUUUUGCUAUUAAAAUCACCAGUUAUACCAUAUUUUUCCUUUGUUUGGAAUUAUUCUAUAUCUGAUUCUAAAAUAGCAAAAGUAUCUGCAUCAUCAUCAUCAUCAUCAUCAUCAUUAUCAUUAUCAUCAUUUUUUUCGAGUUUUUUUUUGCUUUAUAUAGUUACAACAAAUAUAAGCAUCAUUAUCACGCUCAAUUAUAGAUUAACAAAGUUUUAGGCAAACAGAUCCCUUUUGAUUUUCUUUUACAAUUUGUACUUUGGUUUUAAUUCCUUUAAAAAAAAAUACAACCUCUAUUUCGUCCUUUCCGAAUAUAUUUUAUUUGUUUCCAAACAGAUGAUACUACUCAUAUCGAUGUAUAUUAUGAUUAUGUAGUGUUCUUUUGAAGAAGCCAGUUUUCUUUGAAAAGGAAAGAUAUCAUACUCGAUUAUAAAGUUCAGAAAUCUAGAUAGGAAAGUUUUCUCACUAAUCCGUUCACAUUCCAUGAUAACAGCCUUAGAUUUUUUUGCGACCUUCCUAUGUGUCGGAAGUGGUCGUUCCGUUCGCUCCUUGGUAUAUUACAAAACACUUAAAGAAGAAUGGUAACAGCGCAAUGUUAAGUGGAAGUGAAAGAAGCUUUUAAUAGACAAUAGAGUAAUUUCUCUUUGUUCGACACACUCUAUGUACUAAUUGUAUGUAUGUACUUGGACAAUACUCUAAUAAACUAUUGAACUC